AUGGAUGAUGGUUCGCAUCGUGAGAAUGGUCGCCAUAAAGCAGCACAGGGCCAGUGGAUGAUGCAGCACCAGCCAUCGAUGAAACAAGUCAUGUCAAUAAUAGCAGAGCGCGACGCAGCGAUCCAGGAGAGGAACCUGGCGAUUUCAGAGAGAAAAGCGGCAGUAGCCGAACGGGACAUGGCGUUUCUCCAGCGAGACACGGCCAUCGCCGAGCGCAACAACGCGAUCAUGGAGAGAGACAGUGCUCUCACAGCUCUCCAGUACCGUGAGAACUCCAUGGUCACCGCCGCUGCUGUUGCCAACAUGUCAGCAUCAUCAUGUCCACCUGGAUGUCAGAUAUCACGCGGUGUAAAGCAUAUGCACCAUCCACACAUGCAUCAUCAACAUCAGCAUCAACAUCUCAUGCCUCAGAUGAGUGAAAACGCAUAUGAAACCAGAGACAUAGAGCCAAACGACGCUCUCCCGACGUCACCAGCCUUGGAACCUGCCAAACCGAAACGCGGCAGAAGAGCGAAAGACCCGAAUGCGACGAAGACGACACAAACCGCUCCUAACAAGAGAGGUCCCAAGAACCAGAGGAAGGUCAAGAAAGAGAGCGAGGACGAGCUAACGAAGCUGAUGUUUGUAAAGACUGCGAGCAGCCACGACUACGGGGAAGAAGAAACAAGCAAACACGUCUUGAUCGGAUCGAAAUCCGACUGGAAGAAUCAAGAAAUGGUGGGGCUGAACCAAGUCGUGUACGACGAGACGACAAUGCCGCCGCCGGUUUGUUCUUGUACCGGAAUUCUAAGGCAGUGCUACAAAUGGGGAAACGGAGGUUGGCAAUCGUCGUGCUGCACGACGACACUGUCGAUGUAUCCGUUACCGGCGCUGCCUAACAAGAGGCAUGCUCGGGUCGGUGGACGGAAAAUGAGCGGAAGCGCGUUCAACAAGCUGCUAAGCCGGUUAGCUGCAGAAGGGCAUCAUGAUCUCUCGAACCCGGUCGAUCUCAAGGACCAUUGGGCUAAGCACGGUACGAACCGGUACAUCACGAUUAAAUGA